AUGCCUCCAAAGCGAAGGAGCAAAGCAGACACGACUGCAAAGCCUGCGAAGAGAGUUAAGGCAGGCGGCGCCACCACACGCACACAUCCUCUGAAUAAGCCGGCCGGCGACGAGACACCCGCCGACAGAAACGUCAAGAAGAGAAAGCCUGAACGACGACCCUAUCAAAGCCCACGACCAUCCACAGCUACGAUGAAUGCUACAGCGUCCUCUCCAUUCAUGGCCCUCCCAACCGAACUACGCUGCCAAAUCUACAACUACCUUUCGGCCAUCGUUUACGAUCCCGUAUUCCCCGAGCCCUGCAUCUGCAGCUGGGAAGUAUGUCGGAUGCCAACCGCACUGCUUCUACUCAACAAGACCAUACACGAAGAAGUGAAGCAGCCCGCCGCACAAAAGCCGUUACAGAAGAUCAACGACGAGCUUGCACCCAAGAUCAUUCUCGGCCCGACGCGCGCUGAGAUAGACCCUGUGUAUGUCGCACUCUCGGAUACCUUCCAUCUUGCCGGCAAGCAACUCCGCACGUACCUAGAUGGGCCCCAAAAGCACAGUACCGCGGUCAAAUACGUUAGCCUGAAGAUCGCAUCGUGGUACAACGACACGUAUGUACGGCAGCAAGUACCAGACGGCAAUAUGAGGGCUUCCAGUGCGCAGACCAAGUGCAAAACCAAGCACUUGCACAAGUUUGUGAAACAGACUUUGAGAAGAAUGGCGCUCAGGAAGACGUGCGAGAUUCGAAUUCGACUCCUGAGCCACCCACUGGGACCGCUACACAAGCGAAAAUUUAAGCUCGGUGAUCCAUGGUGUGACCACACGGAGUACGAAAGAUUGGCUGCGAAAGACAAAAUGCGGCGAGCGCUGAGUGUCGGGAUGAAGCGCGAACUCAGGAUCGUGUACCCAUCACAACACGCACAUGUCAACCACAAAGCUAUUCUGAAUAUGAUGUCGAACAACUUUCAAUCGCAGGGGAUGAACAUCGAGUACACGGUGGCGCGCGCCAGGGAUCGGGGCUUGUUUGAAAUGGCCAAGUCACUCUGUUAA